GCGGGGGCGGGGGAGCAGAGUCGUGUCCGCUCCGCCGAUUGAACGGCAGGCACCGGUGGAGCUUUCCUUUUGACUCCUCCGUUUUUCCGUAGGUGCUCGGAGAAAAGCGAGAGCCCGGGCUAUGAUAUCGAAAGUGCCGCGACUUCUUUUCUGGGCUCUUCGCUCCGUUCGCUUCGCCGCGGGGGCAGCUGGGUCCUCUAGCCCCCAGAUCCCCUGGGCGCCCCCAGAGGUGGGACGAGGAUCUGUCUUCUCCGGCGCCGUUAUGGCUGUGCAGGGAUCCUCCCCUCUCCGGGCGGAUUCCCAAAGGCUGGAAGCGAAGGAGGAGGAGGAGGAGGAGAAAGCUGGAAUAGGAGGAAAAGUUCAGCCUCCCCCUGCGAGCAAGAAGUUGUCACGACAGAUCGAUGGAAAACAAACUGUGGAGUGCAAGAAAAAAGAACGGAAAAAGCAGAGGAAGAAAUCGUACAGCUCUAACAAUUCGAUUGAUAACUUGAUGGCGGAAAUGCCAUUUGCUGAAGUAGAUAUUGAACUUGAACUUAGCACCUCGAGCAAAUCUAAACCAUCUGUUAAAAAGAAGAGAAAGAGAUUAGCAGGAAAGGGGACUGAAGAAGACAGUACAAUAACGAAGAAAAAGAAAAACCAAGACAGACCCAAUUAUUUCAUUUCUGUUCCAAUCACAAAUCCAAAGAUUAUAGAUGGCAUUCAGACUCUUCAGAACACAAUCAUACAAAAAGAUAAUAGGCUCUCCAAAGCAAUGAUUCAUUAUGGCACUUUCCAUGUCACCCUCUUAGUGAUGCAUCUGUCCAACGAAGAAGCAAUUAGCAAUGGUGUUGGUGCUUUCUUGGAGAGUGGAGGUUUAAUUGAAGAAUUACUGCAAGGGAAGCCUUUGAAUUUAUCUUUUCAAGGCAUUGAUCACUUCAGAAAUCAAAUUGGAUUUGUAAAGUUGACUGAGAGUGAUAACACAACCACGCUUUUAAAGAUAGCAGAAAUUGUGAAGAAGAUGUUUCAAGAAAAAGGUAUCAUCAUAGAUGACAAAGUUUUAAAGCCUCACUUGACCUUCAUGAAGUUGUCAAAAUCCCCAAAACUAAAAAAGCAGGGAGUGAAGAGAAUUGAUUCAAGCAUGUUUGCAAAUUUCAAAAAUCAUUAUUUUGGAGAUGAACUUAUGAACCGUCUAGAUCUUUGCUCAAUGUUGAAAAAAAAGCAACCCAAUGGCUACUAUCAUUGUGAAUCCUCGAUUAUAGUGGGGAAGAGCCCUGAAACAGCUCUAGUAAAGGAAGCUUUGCAUAGAGAAUUGUUGCCUCUGUUGGCCAAAGUGAAUCAGAUAAGAGAACUUUUAUGCAGACCAUCAAUUCGGAUGAAAAUAUACAAGGAACUGCUUGAACAAGGACAGCUUAGUUGACAACAUCUUGGAAAAUGUCACUGAUCCAACUUCUUUAGUGUCUUAAUUUUUAACUGCAAAUUAUACAGAUUAAUUUUAAACGAAGAUAACUUACAUACCCAGUUUGUAUUGCUUCUUUUUUAGAGGAAGAGACGUACCUGUAUCCAAAUAAUUGAAAGUGAUAGGGAAAAAUACCAUGUUCCCCCAAAAAUAAGACCCAACUGGAAAAUGAGCCCCAGCAUGAUUUUAGAAUAUUCAUAAUAUAAGCCCUACGCACAAAAUAAGCCCCAGUUAAGAUUGUCAGCCAGACGGAUAGAUUUAGAACUGUAUUUUCCCAAAAAUAAGCCCUAAUGCAUCUUUUUGAGCAAAAAUGAAUACAGGACCUGUUCUUAUUUUCAGAGGAAACACAUGUAGAUAAUAUAAUACAUAAGGAUUCUUUUCUAAGAUCCAUCCUAUUUGGUGAGGAGUGAGGAAAUCUGACAGUCAGAAGAAGCCAAGUCUAUUGUAUUGUAAGUAGGUACAUAAAGGACUCUAAUGCUACCAAUGUGUAUCAGUACAUGGAAAUACAGUGUAAUGCUGUAGUAUUGAUUUGAGAGAAGUCAUGAUUUGUCAUAUGACUAAUCUCAUCCUAUGCAUUUUAUUAUUGGCAUGGGGAAAGUCGGUGUAUAAAACUUAGAUGCAAACUUUCAUUGCUUAGAGUGGAUCAUUUAGUACAAACCAAAAACUAAGUUGAGGACAGGUACUGUUUAGAGUGGAAUUGCAUGCACUGUCUCACAUAUGAAUUAUAUCAUCUCAUUACCUUUUUUUUCCCUUACACCAGUUACCAUAUUGACCAGACCAUGACCUCUCUUAGCCCAUGUUUAUUCUGUAAUAAAUAAUAGAGUGGAUUAUUUCUAUGGCUGUAAACUUUAUAACAAGGUUUUGUUAGGUGGCUUUAAACUGUUACCACCUAAGAGAACAUUUUUGUAUUAUCCUCCUGUCUUUUAUCUAUUGAUACUUUGGUUUUGAACUGCUUACUUUUUUAACACACCAAGUUUUAAAUCUUAUGUACAGAUUCUGACAUACAAUUUUUGCUAUUGUUUACAUGCAAAACAAGAUGGUUUAAAAUGUUUUAAUAUUUAUUGUAAAAUUGCAGCAGGUCAUUUAUUUCAUCAUGUGUUAUGAGUAUACUAAUUUUAAAACAGGGGAAAAAAUAGCUUUUGUGAAUAUAAUUUCUGAAAUUUCAAAAGGGCUAAAAGUGUGCAUGGGCAGGGGGGUUAAGACACAUCAUAUGAAUGUUUAUACAAAGUGUAUUUUCUGAAUGCAGGUUUGUGCUUCCAGUAGAUACAUAAACAGAGUGUGGUAUGCUUGUCUCUGUCUUCUACCUUCUAGGCAAUUGAUGAAAGAAGGAAGUUGAUCUCUUCAAAUGCCUUAAUGGUUCUUUUAAUUCUCUUGCUCUUCUUCUAUCUUUAAAUUCAGCUUUCUGGAUGCUUGUUGUUGCUUCUUCCAAGUCCAUUCAUAGGGGGACAUUUCAUACUUAAAUUAAUUGAAUUUAGGGCUGCUGCUACUGCUGAAGUUUAUAUGGAAUCUGUCUUUGCAGUAAUAGAUGUGAGGUUCAGUGCCAACAUCUCCAUCUCCAGGAAAUCAGCAAUCCAGAAACUGAAUACAGAUAUACCAUGGCCUGAAUGUUCCGAAGAGAACACUACCUUUAGGGCUUCACAUAAACCUCUGGGAGAGUAAGACCAGAGGGAGAGAGAUCUAAUCCGACAUGCAGAUUGACCAAGGAAGGAG